UCUUCAGAUGAGGAUGAGAUGAAGAGGGUAAUUAUGUCUCAAGCGGUGUCAGCUUGUGUACAGGCUGUUGGGGAAUAUUGUCGCUACUACAUGUUCAAACAACCGGCGCGUCAUGGGGAUGAUGAGCGAGCGAAGUUCAUCAAUUCUAUUAUUCGGGCUAGCGAUGGAGAUUGUCUAGAUCAACUUAGGAUGAAUCGAGAUUCAUUUUUUGAACUAUGUACGCUGAUACGCGAGAAGACAAGACUCCGUGAUACUCGUAAUGUUAGUCUUGAAGAACAAGUAGUUAUUUUCCUACACACAUUGGGGCACAAUGUUCGCAACCGAGUUUUAGGUCACAGAUUUAUUCGAUCAGGAGAGACUGUCAGUCGGCACUUUCACCGUGUUCUAACGGCAAUUGUAUCACUAUACCCCGAUUUAGUUAAAUCAGCCGGAACAGAGACGCCGUUGGAGAUCCAAACAAAUCUAAAUUGGUCUGCUUACUUUCAGGAUUGCCUUGGUGCAAUUGAUGGAACACACAUUCCUGCACAUGUUCUAGCGGUUGACCAGGCGAGUUUUCGCAAUCGUAAAGGGGUCCUCUCCCAGAAUGUCCUGGCAACGUGUUCAUUCGAUAUGAAAUUUACAUAUGUAUUGGCCGGUUGGGAGGGUUCUGCUUCGGAUGCGAGGGUGCUACACAACGCAAUGACUCGAUCAGAUGAUCCCUUGAUUGUCCCAAACGGUACUGCUUAUAUGUUAAAACAGUGUCAGUCUAAUUUAUAACUAUGAUUGCAUCCGAUUUUUCACUUAAGGGAACUAUGAUUCGAAUGUGUAGAAAAAUAUUACGUUGUCGAUGUUGGAUACGCUCAU